UGUAGACUUGCAGACAGGUAGGGGGAAAGCCGAAUCCAAGUUGGAAUUGUAGAGGCACAAAAGACCCUCAGAUCAAAUACUGUAGUUCUUUCCUUUGAAGGUUUCGAGGACAGCUCGUUUUGGAGAUACACCCGGUCGUAUUCAUGUCUGUUUCUGAAAGCAUCGGUGGUGAGUCAAGGCAAAUUGAGGCUCAAACGUUCCGGCGCAAAGAUUGCCAAGAGAGUCCUUUUAUAGGAAACAUGUUCGAUUUUGAUGAGUUGGAAGAGAAGGAGGUGAAGGAGGAGCAAUCCAUGUCGACGUCGACUUCUUUAGAGGCCAAAGCAGCAGCACCGCCGGAGAAAAAGAAAGAGAUAGGAAAUGCAGCAAAGCAGUCCAAUGCUUUGCCGCAAGCUGUCGAGGCUGAAAAGUCAAGUCAUUCAGCAGCACCGGUGGAGAUUGAGAAAGAGAUAGGAAAUGCAGCAAAGCAGUCCAAUGCUUUGCCGCAAGCUGUCAAGGCUGAAGAGUCAAGCCAAGCAGCAGCACCGGUGGAGAAAAAGAAAGAGAUAAGAAAUGCAGCAGGUCAAUCCAAUGCUUUGCCGCAAGCUGUCGAGGCUGAAAAGUCAAGUCAAUCAGCAGCACCGGUGGAGAAAGAGAUAGGAAAUGCAGCAAAGCAGUCCAACGUUUUGCCGCAAGCUGCCAAGAAAGAGAUAGGAAAUGCAGCAGGUCAAUCCAAUGCUUUGCAGGAGGCUCAGGAAUGUGGGCAGUCCGUGCCGCUGGCUGUCGAGGCUGAGUCAAAGUCAGAUUGCAGGUCUUGUAUUGAUGGCGUGUUGAAAUUAGUUAGACUUCGAAGAAAUUAGUUGACGAAGCUGAUCCAUGAGCAACAGCAGAGCGCCACUUUCUAUGCAGACUGCAGAAGAUUUACGACUUGCCGUGGACCACCAGCGAGGGGUCAGCUAUUAGAUGCUUUGUGCUGCCAAGCAGUCAAAGCGACACGGGCACCAGGAGCAAAAAGGGCCCAUCGCUUCGUGCUCUGCGUGGUUCGGGGGACGGACUGAGAUCAAUCCACCUGCCCCCCGUCCCUUCCAGGGUCAAACUGAUCGGUGGAGAUCGAACGUGCACUUCCACGCCCCCGCCCCAAAGACGG